UUUCAGGACGAUGUGUAUGGGGAAAUGUGUUUAUAUUAAUUCACAACUAAGUUUCUUUGUGAAGUGUCUCGCAAUACUGUCUGACAAGAUGCGGGAAACAUUGUUGCUUCUACAAAUAUCUGCGAUUGCAUGAGUUUUUAGUUUUGAUUAUUUAGGUUCAUAUUGCUUCUAUCGUUUGUGGAGAAAAUUGUAUUUCCAGCAGGUUAAACCUCCGUGUCAGCAUCAUGAGGCCCUUUGCUCAUCCAGCAGCCUUGGCCUACUCCAUGACAACACUUGGUGCUGGCAUGAUGAACAGCAUGUUUAGUUUCUAUUAUGUGAAACUGUUCUUAAACAGGUACAGAAUAUCAGAAGUAGCCUUCCACCAGUCACAGGUGGUCUAUAUGAUCUGGAACGCACUGAAUGACCCCUUGUUUGGUUAUUUGCAAGACAACUCACGUAUGGAGUGUUGUUCAAGACGGCGGCUCUCAAUUUUAUACGGAGCCCCGCUGUACUGUCUGGCUUUCUUGCUGGCGUGGUUCCCAUGGAGGGCGUACGAGCCAGGGGAUUGGCUGAGUGGCCUACACCUCAUGGUGACUCUGUGUGCUUUCGAUGGCAUGCUAACAUUUGUGCUGUUAGCCCAGUGUGCACUAUUUGCAGAAAUCUCUGGGCAACAUCAGAACAGACUGAGACUGAUUAAAUACAGUCAGGUGGCAUCUCUGGUGGGAUCUUCUAGUGUGCUCUUCAGCGGUCUCAUCUCCAAGAACAUGGACGACUUUGCUGCCUUGCAGGGAUUCACAGUGCUGGUUGCGGUGCUGGCCUGUGGUUGUAUGCUGUACACGGGCUUCCAUAGUGAGAGUCGAUUUGAUAGUAAAAGUUCUGAACAGAGUUCCCCGGGUUCUCAGAAACCUCCGCUCUCCAUGUCAUCUGUGCUCUCCAUGACCUGGCAGAUCCUCACCAACCGAGACUUCCUGCUCUUUGUCAUCAUGAACUUCUUCCAGGUGUUCAUGGUGGCUUUCUGCAAUAACUUCACCAUGAUUUUUGCAGAGCACCUCAUUCCUUCAAAUGUCCUGCCAUCGCUUGCCAAGAGCUUUAUGUAUGGAGCUGGAUUCAUCUGCCCGCAGUUAUUGGUAUUGUGCAGCCAGGAUCUUCUUCAGAAGUUUGGCUACUACAGGCUCAUUCUGAUCACCUUCUAUGUGGAGGCGGGGGGUGCUGUCAUCAUGCUUCUGUUGGGUCCAAGAAACUACUAUUUCCUUGCAUUUUUCCUCACAGUCAACAUGGUCUUGGUUCAGGCAGCCUUCAGUCUUUUCAAUUUGCCACUGGCUGACAUCAUUGACUCUGACCUACAGAAAUACAAACGCAGCUCUCCUCUCUCGUCUAUGGUUUUUGGGACCAAUGCUCUUUUCACAAAGCCGGCGCAGUCUCUGGCCCCGAUGCUGGUUGUGUCCGUCCUCAACCAGUAUGGCUAUGAGGAAAUAAAAGAGUUUGGGAGAGAUGCAGACUCAAGUGCCCUUCAGUCUCUGCACAGCACCAUGUUUUACCUGGUUUGUGUGAUACCGAUGUGUGUCACAGUCCUACAGGUGCUAGCAUGGACACCGUUCUCCAUACGGGACAGUCAUACAUUGGAUUCCAAGUACAUAGAUGGAUGAAUUAUAGCUCAUUUUAUUUUUUAUGUGUGCAUUCAUGUGCAGCACUUUGUUUUCAGACUACAGAAAGAAAGGAAAUAUAAGUAAAUCAAGUGUCAGGGAUCUAUUUUUAUUGGGGAACAGGGAACAUUUUUCAUGGUGUUGGUGCUCAGGUAAUGUGUAUUGUUAAAGUACAUAUUUAAGUUACAGCAAGAAAUCUGUAAUAAUCUUGGGGAUUAUUAAAUGCUCAGAUUUUCUGAAAUGUUGGAAAAUCGUAAUACGGAAUACAAAGAAGAGAGUGUUAACGACCGGCCGACUUUACAUUUAUUUUGCUUAUUACAGGACUACCUCCCGAAAAAUAAAUCGAUUAAUGGACAUGAA